GCACAUCCCAACCCUUUAUUUCUCUCACUUCACCGUUUUUCUUCAUGUCUUACUGUUCCCGACUCUACAUCCCACCACCCCCUUCCCUCGCCUCCCAGUUCUCCCUCCUGUCUCUCACCUCUCCCUCUGCCUCGCCACAGACAACUACAGUGUACCAGCUACAGAGGAAGGUGAAGGGAUUAUGAGAGGCGGUAGAGAGGAAGGACCUACACGUAGACAUGCUGCGACGAAAACUGGCGCUGACGGAGGAUGCCGCCAGGGCCUCCCGACACCUGGAGGAGGAGAGGGACGAUCUGAUUGCCAAGUAUAAGCGUCAGUGUCGUAUGGUGGAAAGAUUGAACGGUGAGCUGUCUGAGACCAAACUUCAGCUGAGGGACCUGAAGUCUCAACUCACAGACGCAGUCGAUGAGAAGACUCGCGCCGCUCAGCAACAGAAGAAGAUCGAGGAACUGACCACUAAGAUCAAUGAGCUGGACACCAUCAGGUCACGCCAACAGAAGAAGAUCUCAUCUUAAAGAACAGGUGAAGGCCCACGGUGACCACGUAAUGGAGGAGCGACGUCUGAACGAGUCUAGCCUGGAGGGUCUCACCCACGACCUGGCCCUCACCAAGCAGGCCGUCCGUGACCUCACUAGGAGGGAAAAGCAGCUGACGGAAUUUCGGAGGACAGUAGUAGACCUGGUAGGGGUGGACGGUGAGCCCGGCGUGGAGGGCGACUACGAGGCCAUCUGUCGACUGGAACGGAUGGUGGGUGCUCACAGGGAACUCACAGAUCUCUCACGACGCCUCGACGAGCUCACAGGCCCCUCCAGGCCUAACAGCGCGAGGACUCUGACCAGCCGUUCCCCGCCCCUGAGGUCCCCGUCACGACACCCUUCAGGGACUCCCAACUACAGGAUGGACUCCUCCCCCAGGAUGCACGUGGACCAGGGCUUCUUAGAUAUGUCAGAGGAGCUGAGAGCAUUAGCUGACGAUGCCCACAACCAUCGUCCACACGCCCGCCCAAUCGCCCGCCGCCCACCCUCCGCCCACACCCGCACCCCCAGCCCCACCAAGCGACCCUCUACCGACGAGGACGAAUAUAGCUAGGUGAUGAGAGCUGUGGGUGUAUAGCUGUGGGUGUGGCGUGUAUAGUUGCAGCUGGGGAUGUAUAGCUGUGAGCGUGGGGUGUAUAGCUGUGGGUGUGAGGUGUAUAG